GCAGAGGGGGAGAGAGCAGAAGCAAAACUAAUGUGUCAGUAUUAAGGGGGAGAAAAUAGGGGAGAAAGAGGAAGAGGAAGAGUCCGAGGAGGAGGAGAGGAAACAGCUGUUGGAGAGGCAUGAAGCUACUGCUGUUAAAGAUGCUUUUCUCCUUGAUGCUCACCUUCCUUAUCUUGGGGACUUUCUUUACUGCCCUCGUUUGGUACGUCUUCAACGACAGUACCGUUGGGCCCCGGAACCCCCACCGCCCGAAGAACCCCGCCGCAGCCCCAUCUCACACAUGCAAGGACUGCAAGAACAACGUCACCGACAAAGUGGUGGAACGUUAUUCUCACGUCUGGAGGAAACAGGAGGACAAUUCUAAAAAGUUCAGAUCCCUGCUCAGCAGCCGUUGUCAUGGAGUCACCAAGGCUGUGGUCACCCAGGCCAACACUCCCCUGGGGUCGAAGAUGGUGUAUGAUGGUGAAAAGAGAAAACCUCUCCAGGUUACCCCUGAACUCUUCAGCACGUUUGUUAAGGAACAUCCAUUUGCAUCCAAUACAACUUGGGAUACCUGUUCUGUUGUUGGCAACGGCGGAAUCCUGACCAAUAGCAGCUGUGGAGAGAAGAUAGACUCUGCUCAGUUUGUUAUCAGGUGUAACCUGCCUCCUUUGGAGAACGGUUAUGAGAGAGAUGUCGGCAACAAGACGGACCUUGUGACAGCCAAUCCCAGCAUUCUGUUGGAGAAGUACGGGGCUUUACUGGAGCGCCGUCGACCCUUCGUGGAGAGCUUGCGUAGCUACGGCGACUCCCUGAUCCUCCUGCCGGCGUUCUCCUACGGCCACAACACGCCCGUGUCCCUGAGGGCCCUCUACACCGUCCAGGACUUCGACAGCCCCUCGCGGCCCGUCUUCCUCAACCCGGAGUACCUCCAGAGCCUGGCCCGCUUCUGGCGCUCCCAAGGCCUGAAGUCGGUGCGUCUCAGCACGGGGAUGAUCGUGGCCAGUCUGGCCCUGGAGUUCUGCGCCAACGUGGAUCUGUUUGGCUUCUGGCCCUUUAGCCAGCACCUGGACGGACACCAGCCCCUCACCAAUCAUUACUAUGACAACAGACAGGCCAAGAAGACUAUCCACGCCAUGCCUGCCGAGUUUGACCACCUGCUGAAGCUCCACAGUCAGGGUGUGUUGAGGAUACACCUGGGCGAGUGUGCACCACCCGGCAGGUAGGCAGCACCCGUCACCUGAACCAAGCCCACCGUAGGUGACACAGCAGAGGCAUGCCGCACCCGCUUCCAGCCUCACCUGGAAGACCUCCCAAUCAUUCGCAAUGUCUCUGCUCUUCAUUCAGUGUUAAACCAAACGGAUAUGGUACAGGUCUAGCGUUUGUCACAAAGACUCUGUACUUGCAGAUUAAGUGUAGUGAAGAAGGAUUGUGAAUUUCAGCACUUAAAGAAUUAGUUCCUGGUGUGUUUUUGCUGAGCAGGCUCAUCGACGGCCAAAUGAUUUGCACUGAAUUCUUAAUGGUAGCAACAGUCAGAAAUGUCAUCUUAAUGAAGGUCUUGUACAACGAAAUAGCUGGAUGUAUACAUAGAUAGACAUCAUAUACUGUAUAAAUAUGCAGUUGUAUUUAUUGUGACUGUUCCAGCUGGAAUCUGGAGCCUGCGUUUUGUGUUCAGUUUGAAAGCUAUUCUAGUUCAUAUGGUGUCCAUACUGCAGAGAGGGCAACUUAGUGCCACAUGUGAAUUACAAUGGCCAUAUACUCUACCAUGCUGAGCCUUUAAGAUGCAACUGAAUGUAUGUUGAGUUGCACAAGCAACAGACAUACUCUCUCCUGACUGUUAUGUUCAGACCGGUUUUCCAGUGCCAGUUGUGACUCAAUGUAACCUAUGUUAACUAUGAAAUAGUGUCUCACCCGUGGCCUUUUUUAACAAAUACACGACGAUUCGAAACAUUUCACACAUUUAUGGUAGUUCCAAUGGUUUCUGUUGCCGCCCGUGCUGUAUUCAUCUGACAGAACUGGAUGUAGCCCAGAGAUCAACUGGGCCUGAGCCUCAGGUCUGGGUCUCUCUGCUGCGUCUCCGGACCCUCUGAGCAGGGGCUCUCUGAGGACUUCACACAGGGAUCAGGACACGGGUCCAACCUGAUACGAAACAGGAAGAGACAGAGCGGAGACAGAGCGGAAGACAGACCCUUUCCUGGGGUUGCCGCGGUAACCGGCUUGUGAAGGUUACAAGUGACACGUUUUGACCUUAAAUGCUCCCCCCCCCCCGCUGUGACCAUGGCAACAGGGCAGGAGUUGUUGCUCUGACAAAGUGACAUCAGCACAACAAAGUGAAACGACGGGGGGGUUGGGGGAGAGUUGAAAGAUACAUCAACAGCCCUUUGCUCCAGGAACAGUUUACAUUCUUUGGCUGAAGCCAAUUCAGUUUUCUCUAAGCGGGUGGUAGCAUGUGUCUGCCACAAGAAUAAAAGUGGAUUCUCUUGUUGUUGAGUGAAGUUUCAUGCAACUACAAAUUGCCUUAACAUACAGACUGUCGGACUGUUUAAAAUGUGCUUGUUGUCCAACAGUCAACUAUGAAAUCAUGAUGUGAAUGUCAAUUUCUGAUUAUCUGAACAAUUAGGAAAGAUUCAAAAGCAGAUUCAGUGAAUAAACAUGGUCUUUAACUAGA